UUCGACUACGCAACAAGGCCCGCGCUCUGUACAUUGGUCUGAGUCAACGAGCGGACACCGCAAUCAAUAGAGGAUUGGAGCGUAGGUGCUGGCCUGAUAAGAGUCCCAAGACGAUGGCGGCUCCUCCCCAGGACAGCUGCUGGAGUAUACCACUGGUGGCUAUGUCUGCGACCUUCUUCCUCUACAUGACACUGUCCAGUAUGGGCUAUUUGUACGUGCUCCUCAUGGAAAAAUUUCGCGCCAGUCGGGAGAUGGCUUCGUGGCCAGAGAGCAUCAUGAUGCUCACAAUGCACCUCGGCGGAUUCGUGGUCACUGUGCUCCACAGCAGGCUUUCCAUCUUCUACGUGGCGCUCUCGUCGGCUUCUCUCUGCUGCGCUGGCCUCCUGGGCGCUGCAUUCGCACCAGACAUUAAAUGGAUGAUUGUGAUGCUCGGCGCAGUCUACGGUACAGGCGCAGGAGCAUCUAUCAUUUCUCUCACCGUGUACACAAUGUUGUACUUCGACAAGUACAGAGCAACAGCCACAGCCGCCAAGUACGUCGGCAUCGCCGCAUCGGGAAUAGCUGGACCCCUGUUUUUUUCGGCCGCCGCAUCAAAUUACGGCUUGGGAGGAAGCCUCCUUAUCGGCGCAGCAAUAGCUAUGAAUGCCUUGCCACUAGAGAUCUUUCUUCGCAUCCCACGUCCUCUCGUAUUUAGGUUUCAGUGGUGCAAUAUGCGGAACAUGUCAGGUACUGAACACGAAACCAGAAAGGUUACGAAAGGAAGCUGCAAAGAUGUACGCGGAAUUCAGAAAGAUUCAAACAGUGCCAGACCAGCUCAUACUGCGUCACCGGGUGAAGUGAAUUUAAGUGCCCUGGCCCGAAAUGUAGAUCGCAGUGAGGUGUUCUGCGACCGCAAAAUCACUAGUGACGGGAAGGCUUUCCAAGCACAACCGCUACUAGGCGCCAAAACCUCUGCUGGCAAUAGCCAAUCUCGUAAAUGUGGAUCAAUAUGUCUUGACCGCGACGGGCGCAUUUCAUACGGAACAUCGGCAGCUACCGUCUUGCAGUUGCCUUCUGAGUCAAGUAAAAGCAUCUUGGAACAACUGGCUCUCUUCCGGCGGCUUGCCUUCUACGUACUGCUCGUCGUGUACGUCCUCUGCGACUGGACAAUGUCGAUGCACACUACGACCAUUGUGGACUACGGCUGUGACAAGGGAUCUCCCCUCGAGAAGGCAAAGUUAGUGCUCACCUUCAACGCAGCGGGACAGUUCGUCGGAAUGACGCUUUUGCCUUUCGCCUCGGACAACGUAGCUCACAGCCGGUGUCCAUUGGCUGUUGCCUGCUUCGUCGGAUCCGGCGCCUGCUUGGCGUUUAUGCCGUCCGUGCAAACCCUAUCUGCUUUUAUCGCACUGAACCUGGUGCUAGGAGUGUGUCAGGGUUUUCAGACCUGUAUCCGAAGCGUAUUGGUCAACGACCACUGCGGAGUCGAGCGGCUGCCUACGUUCUUCGGCAUGCUUGGACUGACCAUGGUGCCGCUGUCGUUCAGCGGGCCAACAAUCAUAGGUUUCUUCCGCGACACCUUGGGAUCGUACGACAACCUCUACCGGAUGAUGGGAGCAUUGCAUACUUCCAUCGCGCUUCUGCUGUUCGUUCUAGUGUGGCGCGACAAGACGAGGAGAAAAUCUUGCGACCUACCUAUAGCAGCAAUAGGACAUGGAAUCGAAUUAGGUUGUAAAGAUAACUGACAAAAAGAUUUUGA